CACUCUGCAGGUUGCGAUGGCAAUACCACAACUAAACAUAGUGGAGAGGAACCUAUAAAUCCUGUUGUGUGUCCCUUGUGCAGCAGCGCCAGUGCCUUGGCACUCACAGCUCUCCCCCAUCGUUGGCAUCUAUGUAAGCAUCUCUUGUGCUGGUGCCUCUCUCAUCAGUGCUCACUUUUCUCUCUCUCUAUUCACCUCCACCAGCUGCCUCUGUUUCUGUCUCGUGGCUGCCCCUCUCUGCAGCAGGGUCUGUACAUCCUAUUGGCAGGCACUGGGUGCCAGCCGUGGCUGGUGCCGGGCACCCACACACACAGCUGCCUCCUCUCAAUGCAGCAGCUCCAUUGGCUGCCGCCUCUGCUGUUGCUGUAGUCACUGAGGGUCUCUGAUCUGCUGCCCACUGUCUCCUUUCUAUUCCCCCUCCUGGCAGCCCUGUCCUCCUCUGCCUCCCCGACAUGCUGAAAGUCACUCUGCCCUCCUCGUCUUCGUCGUCUUCUUCCUCCUCCACAGCAUCCUCCUCUACGUCCUCCUCCUCUUCCUCCAGGUCUGGCAGUGCUGCUCCUGAUUACUGGAUCGAUGGCUCCAAUAAAGACACAUUGGCCCAUUACUAUGAGCUGGAGUCCGAGCUGGGACGGGGUGCUACAUCAGUUGUGUACAGGUACAGACAGAAAGGAACCCAGAGACCUUAUGCUGUCAAAAUGCUGAAGAAAACUGUAGAUAAGAAAAUUGUCCGCACAGAGAUUGGCGUACUACUCCGUCUUUCACACCCAAAUAUAAUAAAAUUAAAGGAGAUAUUUGAAACCCCUACAGAAAUUAGCCUUGUACUUGAGCUGGUGACAGGAGGCGAGUUAUUUGACAGGAUCGUAGAAAAGGGCUACUAUAGUGAGAGGGAUGCUGCAGAUGCUGUCAAGCAAAUCCUAGAGGCAGUCGCUUACUUACAUGAAAAUGGAAUUGUACACAGAGACCUUAAGCCAGAGAAUCUACUUUAUGCCACUCCAGCACCCGAUGCUCCACUCAAAAUAGCUGAUUUUGGUUUGUCAAAAAUUGUGGAUGAUCAAGUGACAAUGAAGACGGUGUGCGGAACACCAGGAUACUGCGCACCUGAAAUUCUAAGGGGAUGUGCCUAUGGGCCAGAAGUGGACAUGUGGUCUGUAGGAAUAAUUACCUAUAUACUACUUUGUGGUUUCGAGCCUUUCUAUGAUGAGCGAGGAGACCAGUACAUGUUUAAGAGAAUUCUUAACUGUGAUUAUGACUUUGUCUCCCCCUGGUGGGAUGAUGUCUCUUUAAAUGCCAAGGACUUGGUUAAGAAAUUAAUUGUAUUUGAUCCCAAAAAACGUCUUACCACACAGCAAGCUUUGCAGCACCCCUGGGUGAAAGGAAAAGCAGCUAACUUUGCCCACAUGGACACUGCUCAAAAGAAGCUUCAAGAAUUCAAUGCCCGGCGCAAGCUGAAAGCAGCUGUAAAAGCUGUGGUAGCUUCUUCUCGCUUGGGGAGUGCUGGGAGUCACAGCAGCCAUGACAGCAAUAAGCCAAGUCGAAAUCCAUCUCCAGUGCAAGAGAGCGGUUGUGAAGAAACCCCAACUCAGGAAACUAAACAUGUGGAAGAAGGAGGGUCUUGAGUCAACAGUCUCCAUGCUUUGGUCCUCGUCUCUGCCAUUUCAUGCACUGUCAACUUCAUCCUUUCUAUUAGCAAGAAAGAUACCGUAGCAUGGCCUCCAAGGCAGUUCUCUUCAAGAAAUGCAAUGAAAUGUACAAGUUGAUAAUCCACUGUAAAUGCAUGUGACUGCUUAUAAUAUAGUGCAAGAGCGACUUGAGAUAUGGAGGUGUUUAUCUCAUACUAUACUGACGCGUGAACUUUAAAAUGAGCAACAUAAUUUCCUUAUUAUAACCUUUUAUGCAUAGGAUCUACACAGUAGGAAAUGUAUGAUGUGUGUCGUGUUUCAUUUUACAUUUUUUUAUAAAGGUAUUGGACUUUCUAGAGAUUACAUUACUAGUUUCAUUUGACAAUAUUAUGUUGUUGGAGUGAAUAUGAAAUAGGAACAAUAUAUAACACUUUUAGUUAUAUAUAUAAAAAAACCUGUUUACAAGAAAAAGUAUAUUAGUUUAUGCAAAAAGCAAAAAAAAAAUAAAAACAGGAAAACAUUCCACGGAAACACAAAACUAGGCUUCAGUGGUUGUAAAGCUCAGUGUUACCAUAGCUUGUAUUAAGAAUGCCUUACUAUAAUAACACUUUGUAUACAGUAUUUUAUUAACCAAAUAAAAGUACUUUUCAUAGA